UAAAACACUUUAAAGUACUCCGUAGUACAAUUUGUUACAAGCACCAAGCCAACUACCCCAUCACGAUCCACGCACUAUUCUCUUUUUUCAAUGGCGGUCUUCAGCACUGUUCUCAAACACGCCGCCGUCGUUCGCCGCCGCUUCUCACUCCGUAGCAUGAGCAACGUACCAGAAAACACCGUCUACGGCGGACCGAAAUCCCAAAACCCAGAACAGAGAGUAACAUUGGCUCACCUAAAGCAGAAGCACAAGAAGGGGAUUCCCAUAACAAUGGUAACCGCCUAUGACUACCCCUCAGCGGUACACCUCGAUACCGCCGGAAUUGAUAUCUGCCUUGCCGGAGACUCCGCCGCCAUGGUUGUCCACGGUCACGAUACUACUUUGCCAAUUACUCUGGAUGAAAUGCUUGUUCAUUGUCGCGCGGUGGCGCGUGGUGCUAAACGACCUCUUCUUGUUGGGGACCUCCCUUUUGGAACUUAUGAGUCCAGCACUCAGCAGGCAGUUGAUUCAGCUGUCAGAAUUCUGAAAGAGGGAGGAAUGGAUGCGAUAAAAUUGGAAGGAGCAUCACCUUCGAGAAUUACAGCAGCGAAAGCUAUUGUUGAAGCUGGAAUUGCAGUGAUUGGACAUGUAGGAUUGACACCACAAGCCAUUAGUGUUCUUGGAGGAUUUAGGCCUCAGGGAAGAAACAUCUCCAGUGCUGUUAAGGUGGUGGAGACUGCACUUGCUUUGCAAGAAGCUGGGUGUUUUGCUGUUGUUUUGGAAUGUGUUCCUGCACCAGUUGCAGCAGCAGCAACUUCUGUGUUGGGAAUUCCUACAAUCGGUAUUGGAGCUGGACCUUUCUGCAGUGGUCAGGUAUUAGUGUAUCAUGAUCUACUGGGAAUGAUGCAACACCCUCACCAUGCUAAGGUAACACCUAAAUUCUGCAAGCAGUACGCGCAUGUGGGAGAUGUGAUAAACAAAGCUCUAUUAGAAUACAAGGAUGAAGUGACAAACGGAUCAUUCCCUGGACCUGACCACAGCCCAUAUAAAAUCAGUUCUUCGGAAGUUGAUGGUUUCUUAGACGAGUUAAAGCAGAUGGGAUUGGAUAAAGCUGCGUCUGCUGCGGCUGAAGCUAUUCAAAAGAUGGAGAAAGACUAAUUAAACCACCUUAAAAGUUGCUACACAUAUAGCCAAUAGUCUUUCCCUUGUUUUUCUAAAGGAAAUUUUGGACUUUCAUACAAUUUGACGAGGCUAGAAAAUGUGAUCGUGCAUCUUUCAGCUGUGAUGCUUUAGCACCCAGCCGGUAGCGGAGGAUUCGAUUGUGUUCUUCAUGCUUGUACGGUUGUACCCUACCAUUGAGUUCACUAAUUGUGUUGGAAAGGCAUAUCACAUACUGUAUUUUGGUUGAAGAACUCACAUGAAUGAUAAAUAGAUAUUUGACGCGGGAAAUUCAGUUAACAUAAGUGAUCUCUCUUUUUAUUAGACUUUCUUUCCUUGAAAAAUGGUUAUAACUUAUACGGAGUAUGAUCUAAAGCAUUAAAGCAGAGAUUCUUUUCUUUUAUAAUUGUUCUUGUACUUCGUUUCAGAAUAUUUUGAUGGAUAAUGAAGUAUAAGCUUUUUCAUUGAUCCUA